CUGAUACAUAAAUUGUUCGGACACAGGAAAAGCUCAAAUGAUCAAUCAAAUAUUUGGAUUCUCACUUUUUUUUUCCCACCUUUUUUUUUCAUUUUUUCUACAAGGAUGCUCCAGUCCGCGAUCAAGUCGAAAGCCAAAGGGAAUAUCUCAUCUGUUUUUGCACAUUUGGGAGCUUCCCGACCCACGCUCGGUCCUCGUUUCAUUGAUCUGAAAAAGAGCAUCGCGCCCAAAGACCCUGCCGUACUACAAAGGGCAUUUGAUCGCUUGCUAAACCAUCUCAAAAAGGAGGCGAUUGAGAUCCGACAACGAGGUUCUUCGGUCAUUCCUGAAACAGACAUCAAAACUAUCCGUGCCAAUGGUGGCCAGUUGCCAGAGUCUGUAGCAAAAGAAGUCAAGAAACGCGGUGCAGUAGUUGUCCGAAAUAUUGUGGAUCAAGCACUUGCAGUAGAAUACAAGGAUCAAAUUCAGAAAUACAUCCAGCGCCAUCCCGGGAUUGUCGGUUACCCCGAAGAUCAUCCGCAAGCGUGGGAAAUUUAUUGGGCCACAUCCCAAGUAGCCGCUCGCAGCCAUCCCAACUUUACAGCAACGGCGGUGGCGUUGAACCAGUUAUGGCACACGCACGGCAAUGCUCCCAUUGACCUGACAAGAAAUCUCAUUUACUGUGAUCGAUUGCGUAUCCGUCAGCCGGGCGACGCCAAGUUUGCUCUUGGAGGUCACAUUGACGGUGGUUCAAUCGAACGUUGGGAAGAUCCUGAAUAUCGACAAUGCUACAAAAAAAUUUUGCAAGGACAGUGGGAAGACUACGAUCCGUUUGAUGUCACUCAUCGCAUCGAGGCUGAGAUGGAUUUUUAUGAAUCACCUUCAGGAUGCUCUAUGUUUCGUAUUUUUCAGGGAUGGCUCGCCCUAUCCAAAAUCGAACCCAACGGUGGAACGUUACGCGUGUGUCCCCUUAUCCGUGAGCAAACGGCUUAUUUUAUGAUGAAACCGUUAUUGAAGGAAUACCUUGACAAGAAUGAUUUCAUGGGUGCUUGGCCCGGCCGAUGUCAAGAAAUUACGGCGGAACAUCAUCCGCAUAUCACCGACAUCAUGGUAUCCGUCUCGCCGGUGGAACCUGGUGAUGGUGUAUUUUGGCACUGUGACCUAGCCCACGCCGUGGAGCCAAAAAAUGAAAUGAAGAGUGAUUCAUCGGUUUUGUACAUACCCUCCACGCCCAUAUGUCGUCGCAACUCAGAGUAUCUUCGCCGUCAGCGGGAUGCAUUCUCCCUAGGCUUAACUCCCCCUGAUUUUCCAGGAAAUCAUUGUGAGAAGGAUUUCGAAGAUCGCGCUAUGCCUGACCAUUUGACACAAGCAGGAAAGAUGGGUAUGGGCUUUGCACCUUUUGAUGAAGAGAACGAUAGCUUGAACAGCGGACAAAAGCAAGCUCGUCGGCAGCAUAAUCAAAUAUUAGGCUUGACAGGAUCGUAAGCAACAAAAGUACGCUGGUAUUCAAUAAAGACACAGCGCGUGAUGCUUCUCGAUGGUAUUUCUUAUACUGUGACAGCACUUAAAAGAAAGGAACGAUAUCCCAAAAAACAACGAAGCGGCGUACCAUUAUUGUGCAUUUUAUACCACAUAGAUUUUUUUUAAAAAAAAAAUUGUAACUGAACUCUUUACUUGUCC